AUGUCAGAACAAGAUUAUGAUUCAUGGAGUUUCUUGUUUCUCUGUCUCCUGAUCCUUUUCUCAGGUAAACUGGUAGUUGGUGAUUCAUUGGAAACAGACAAACAAGUACUAUUGAAGCUAAAAUCGUAUUUGCAGAAUCAAACAGUUUCGAAUAGAGGAGAUUACAUAAGAUGGAACAUGAACAAUUCAAAUCCUUGUGGUUGGUUAGGAAUAUCAUGCAGCAUGAUCAAUGGAGAAACAAGGGUUGUGAGUGUUGAUAUCUCAGCGAGCCAGAUUGCAGGUAAGAUGUUUGAUCAUUUCUCUGAGCUAAGCGAACUCACGCAUCUUGAUGUCUCGUGGAACACUCUCUGUGGAGAGAUUCCUGAGGAUUUGAGCAAGUGUGGUAAUCUUGUGUAUCUCAAUUUAUCUCAUAAUAUUCUCGAGGGGGAGAUGAAUUUGACGGGUUUGAGGAAGUUGAGAACAUUGGAUUUGUCGACGAAUAGGCUCCUCGGGGAGAUUGGGUUGAGUUUUCGUGAUAAUUGUGAUGGGUUGGUUAGUUUAAAUGUUUCGGAUAAUCACUUUUUUGGUAGGAUUGAUGAGUGUUUUGAUAAUUGUUCAAGGUUGAAGUAUUUGGAUUUGAGUACAAAUAAUAUAAGUGGUGUUUUAUGGAAUGGGAUUUCGAGGUUGACAGAGUUUUCUGUUUCGGAGAAUUUUCUAACUGGGAAUGUUCCUUCUCGUGCUUUUCCGAUGAAUUGUAGUCUUGAAAAAUUGGAUCUUUCUGUCAAUGCAUUUUUCGGUAAACCGCCUAAGGAAGUUGCUAACUGUAAGAACUUAGAGAUUCUAAAUCUUUCUAGUAACAAAUUUAGCGGUGAAAUACCUAGUGAAAUUGGUUCGAUUUCUGGUCUCAAAUCACUUUUCUUGCAGAAUAACACCUUCUCAAGAGAUAUUCCAGAUACCCUUUUGAAUUUGAGCAAUUUGUAUAUUUUGGAUGUGAGCAGGAACAACUUUGGUGGUGAGGUACAAGAGAUUUUUGGUAAAUUCAAGCAAUUGAAGUUUCUUUUGUUGCACGCAAAUUCUUAUGUUAAAGGAUUGAAUGAAUCAGGAAUUUUCACAUUGAGUAAUCUUACAAGAUUAAACUUAAGUUUCAACAACUUUUCAGGUCCAUUACCAGCUGAAAUCUCUCAAAUGUCUGGUCUCGUAUUCUUAACAUUAAGCAACAACAACUUUAAUGGAACUAUUCCAUCUGAAUUAGAGAAGUUGAGUAAAUUGCAAGCACUUGAACUUGCUUUCAAUAGUUUCAGCGGACCAAUUCCAGCAAGCUUAGGAAAGUUGAAUUCUCUCUUGUGGUUAAUGCUUGCAAACAAUUCGUUAACCGGUCAAAUACCGCACGAGUUAGGUAACUGUUCAAGUUUGUUAUGGUUGAACCUUGCAAACAACAAACUCACCGGAAUGUUUCCUUCUGAGUUGACCAGAAUCGGAAGAAAUGCUAUGGAGACAUUUGAAUUAAACCUUAAGAAUAUGGUUGGUGUUGUGGCUGGAAAUAGCGAAUGUUUAUCGAUGAAAAGCUGGAUACCUGCUAAUUACCCUCCAUUCAGUUUUGUGUAUAGUAUCUUAACACGGAAAAAUUGUAGAUCCCUUUGGGAUAGAUUACUCAAAGGAUAUGGAAUUUUUCCAAUGUGUGCAUCUGAACCUUCGACUAGAUCAUAUCAUAAAUUCGGUUAUGUUCAGUUAAGUGGUAACAUGAUUAGUGGUGAAAUUCCUUCAGAAAUUGGGAACAUGCUGAAUUUUAGUAUGUUGCAUUUAGGUGACAACAGAUUUAACGGCGAAUUCCCAAAAGAGAUUGGUGGUUUACCACUUAUAGUCUUGAACAUGACUAGGAACAAAUUUUCAGGUGAAAUUCCAGAGGAAAUCGGUAACAUGAAGUGCAUGCAGAAUCUUGAUUUGUCUUGGAACAAUUUCUCAGUGCCUCUAACCGGACAUUUGCUUACUUUCGAUAAAGAUUCCUAUUUAGGCGAUACCCUCUUAGUCCUUCCGAAAUUCUUUGAUAAUAAUACCCCAGAUGGAAAAAACAAAACAUUACACAUACAUAUGAAAAAAGCAACAAAAUGUCCGUCUGAGGAACAAGGAAAGUUUCUGAAGGAUAAAAACCGGAAGCAUAAUGAUUCAGGUAGCUAUGAAUCGUCACAGUGGUUAUCUGAUACCGUCAAGAUAUUCCAUUUGAACAAUGUAGUUUUCACGCAUGCCGACAUUUUGGAAGCAACUAGCAACUUCAAAGAAGAGAGAAUCAUAGGAAAAGGUGGUUUCGGAACGGUCUUCAAAGGAGUUUUUCCCGAUGGAAGAGUAGUGGCAGUGAAGAAGCUACAAAGGGAAGGAACUGAAGGCGAGAAAGAAUUCAAAGCUGAAAUGAAAGUCCUUAGUGGUCAAGAAUUCGGUUGGCCUCAUCCAAAUCUUGUCACACUUUAUGGUUGGUGCUUAUACGGUUCACAAAAGUUACUAGUUUACGAGUACAUAGGAGGUGGAAGUUUGGAAGAACUAGUAACCGAUACAAAAAAUUUGACUUAUAAAAGGAGGUUAGAAGUCGCUAUUGAUGUGGCUAAAGCGUUACUUUAUCUACACCAUGAAUGUUACCCUCCAAUCGUGCAUAGAGAUGUGAAGGCUAGUAACGUGUUGCUUGACAAAGAAGGUAAAGCAAAAGUAACAGAUUUCGGGCUUGCUAGAGUAGUCAAUGUUGGUGAUAGCCACGUGAGUACAGUUGUUGCUGGAACUGUCGGAUAUGUUGCACCUGAAUAUGGACAAACAUGGCAAGCGACAACAAAAGGCGAUGUGUAUAGUUUUGGGGUGUUGAUCAUGGAGUUAGCGACUGGGAGAAGAGCUGUGGAUGGAGGUGAAGAAUGUUUGGUUGAAUGUGUUAGGCGUGUGAUUGGUUCUGGUAGAAAUGGAUUGAGUCAUUUUGGGUUAGUUGGUGGUGCAAAAGAGAUGUUUGAGUUGCUUUUUGUUGGAGUGAAGUGCACAAAUGACUCGCCACAUAAUAGGCCUAACAUGAAAGAGGUUCUAGCUAUGUUGAUUAAGAUAUUCAAUUCUCAUAGAAAUUCAAACUAUUAA